UCUGGAAAUAUUCUAUCCUAAAAUUUAUCCAAUCCUGAUUAAGCCCCCUGGAUCCUCAGAUUUGUUGCAGUCUGUGUUACACUGGGAGCUUCCUUAGAAAGGGGCACCCUGUCACCUUUCCCCCAGUUACCAUUGGUCUCUCAGCCCUGUUACCCCUGAGCUCUUUUUUUUCCAGGUGGUCACUGAUUAACACUGGGAAGAGACACACAGGAGAGCAGGGACCUCUCUGGUUCAUGCAGGAGUGGUUGGGGAUCACUCUGGGCUGGGGACAUCUUUUUCACACAGACGAUGACAGUUGCUCUCCUAGGCUUCUCCCAGAUGCUUAUUUCCAUUCCAUUUCGUUCAACCCAGUUCCAGGAGGCUGGAGAUGUUCUGAGCAGCAGACGAUCCCCUUGAUCUCUGCUCCCGUCAGGUCUGGAUUUCCUCUCCAGGGGCUAUGACAUUCAGAUCCCAAGAUUGUACCAGUGCCCCGGACUCUUCCAUGCGGGACAUGGGCAUCUUCUGUCCUGAUGGUCUUGUGCUGGCUUUUUCUAGAAUUCUUCCCUCUCUUUCCUAGACAUUUGUCUGGUGACAUAAUUAGUACCUGGUGGCCCCAGCCUCCUCACCACCCUUCACCCCAUGCAUGUUAUGUAAGCGACCUCUGCCCCCUUUCUCUAGCAUGAGGACACUACAGAAUCACCAGAUCCUGUGAGUUUCUCCACUCCUACUCACGAUGACUCAACAAACAAGCUGUCUCUCUGGAAGUUGUUUUGAUCCUUAUCUUUUAAUACCACAUGAUUUUUAUUUCUUUGACCUCUUUAGUCUCUCUCCUAUCUCUCCCCCCCCCCCCAACUUUAUUUACCAUGACUUAUAAAUGAGGAGCUCUGAUAGACUCACUCCUCAGAGCAGCGACUUCCUCAUCUAAAUUCUUUCUUUGGAGAGUGAAAUCCUUCUUUUGACUUCAGCUAGUAUUCCUGAGUCAGCAGAGUAUAAUCUACAGAAAAGAACAAUACACAAUGGGUUUGCAUUUGGAAAUGAAGGGACAACAGUGAGAUUUCAUUUUCCUCUCUGGACUGGGCAUCACAGACAGAGAUUCAGAAGAACUGAUUCUGACCAGCUGGAAAUCUUUGAAAGCAGAGGAGGUUGUUCCUCCCCUAUGGUUGGCGUGGCCAGCUGGAUCAACUUCCGCUGGAUAUUUGCUCCGAAGAUUCUGCAGCUUUGAGGUCUUGGGAGAUCUGACGUACAGCCGGCAGAAGGACUUGCUCUGUUUAUCAGCAGUCAUUGGACUUCAGCAUGAUUACUCCCCAGUUGCUGGCUUAUGUGGCAAUUUCAGUUUCCUGUAUCUUAAAAGUCAGCUCCCUGGAUACCUUCAUUGCAGCUGUUUAUGAACACGCCGUGAUAUUGCCUAAUACUACCCUAAUACCAGUGUCCCGUGAAGAGGCAUUGGCGUUAAUGAACCGAAAUCUGGAUCUUUUGGAGGGAGCGAUCACUUCAGCAGCAAAACAGGGUGCACAUAUUAUUGUGACUCCAGAAGAUGGUAUCUAUGGCUGGAAUUUUAACAGAGAAACUAUCUAUCCAUACUUGGAGGAUAUCCCAGACCCUCGAGUGAACUGGAUCCCUUGUAAUUAUCCCAACAGGUUUGGCCACACCCCAGUGCAAGAAAGACUCAGCUGCCUGGCCAAGCACAACUCUAUCUACGUUGUGGCAAAUAUUGGGGACAAGAAGCCAUGCAAUGCCAGUGACCCUCAGUGUCCCCCCGAUGGCCGUUACCAGUACAACACUGAUGUGGUGUUUGAUUCUCAGGGAAAACUGGUGGCACGCUACCAUAAGUACAACCUUUUCAUGGGUGAGAAUCAAUUCAAUGUACCAAAGAAGCCUGAGGUUGUGACUUUCGACACCAUCUUUGGAAGAUUUGGCAUUUUCACAUGCUUCGAUAUACUCUUCCAUGAUCCCGCUGUUACUCUGGUGAAAGAUUUCCAUGUGGAUACCAUAGUUUUCCCAACAGCGUGGAUGAAUGUCUUGCCACAUUUAUCAGCUAUUGAAUUCCACUCGGCGUGGGCAGUGGGCAUGGGGGUUAACUUCCUUGCAGCCAACAUACACCACCCCCACAAGAGGAUGACAGGAAGCGGCAUCUAUGCACCUGACUCUCCAAGAGCAUUUCAUUAUGACAUGAAGACAAAGGAAGGAAAACUCCUCAUCUCACGACUGAAUUCUUCUUCAUACGACCCUGGAGUGGUAAAUUGGGCUUCUUAUGCCAGUAGUAUAAAAGCAUUCUCCACAGGAAAUCAGGAAUUUAAAAGUACUGUGUUUUUUGAUGAAUUCACCUUCUUGGAGCUCACAAGAGUCACAGGAAAUUACACAGUUUGUCAGAAAGAACUCUGCUGCCAUCUAAGCUACAAGAUGUCUGAGAAGAAACCAGAUGAAGUUUAUGCCCUAGGGGCAUUUGAUGGACUACAUAUUGUCGAAGGGAGUUAUUAUCUACAGAUUUGUACUCUGCUGAAGUGUAAAACACCAGACUUACGCACUUGUGGUGAUGCGGUUGAAUCUGCUUCCACCGGGUUUGAAAUGUUUUCCCUCAGUGGCACUUUUGGAACCCAACAUGUCUUCCCUGAGGUGUUGCUGAGUGACAGUCAGCUUGCACCUGGGGAAUUUCAGGUGUUAAGUGAUGGACGCUUGUUUAGCGUGAAGCCGCCAUCUGGACCUGUCUUGACCGUAACUCUGUUUGGGAGGUUGUAUGAGAAGGACUGGAUAUUAAAGGCUUCAUCAGACCUUAGGGCACAAGCACCGGGAGUAAUGCUCGUAGUUAUAGCACUGACUGUGUGCUCAUUCAGUUGGUUUCUGGAAUGGGUUUACGGAAAGCAAAGAAGAAACUCUAACCUGAGUAUGGAUUUUGAAGAAAGAUUCCUCAACAUGCAAAGGAAGAAAUAAGCUGGUGGAUAGCCCUCAG